CCUUUUUUUUUUUAAAGACACUUCCGGGCAUUCUGUCACACCGGAAGCCCGCGAGUUCCGGAAGCUUCGAGAACUCAUUUUCUAGUAGGGAAAACCCAGUUUGCCCGAAGAUGUUUGAGGAAAAGUUGGUCGCGCGGCCCCUCAGCUCCUAGCAAGUAUGAGGCAAGGAUUUCCCAGAAGAACUCAGAGCAGCAAUCUUCACUGCCAUAGCUUCUGGCAAUCAGGUCUUGUGUGGAAGAAAGGAGGAAAAGACCUUUGGAGAAGACAUGGCUCCCAAAGAAGAUAUUACAAAGAGUACAAACAGAGUGCUCAGAAUAAGUCAGUUGGAUGCUCUUGAACUAAAUAAAGCCCUGGAGCAGCUAGUUUGGUCCCAGUUUACUCAGUGCUUUCAUGGAUUUAAGCCAGGGCUGUUAGCUCGCUUUGAACCAGAAUUGAAAGCAUUCUUGUGGCUUUUCUUGUGGAGAUUCACCAUCUACUCUAAAAAUGCCACUGUGGGACAGUCAGUCUUGAAUAUUCAGUACAAAAAUGAUUUUUCUCUGAACUCAAAAUAUCAGCCACCAAGUAAAAAUCAGAAACUGUGGUAUGCUGUCUGUACAGUUGGUGGGAGGUGGUUAGAAGAACGAUGCUAUGAUUUGUUUCGAAACUAUCAUUUUGCAUCCUUUGGGAGAGUCAAACAGGGCAUGAAUUAUGUGGUUGGACUUUUAAAAUUAGGUGAGCUGAUUAAUUUCUUGAUUUUCCUUCAAAGGGGAAAGUUUGCAACUUUGACAGAGCGUGUGCUAGGUGUUCACUCUGUAUUUUGCAAACCCCAAAAUAUCCGUGAAGUUGGCUUUGAGUACAUGAACAGGGAACUUCUCUGGCAUGGGUUUGCUGAAUUUCUUAUAUUUCUCUUACCCCUCAUCAAUAUCCAGAAGUUAAAAGCCAAACUGUCAUCAUGGUGUAUUCCUCUGACGGGAUCUCCUAAUAGUGACAGUGUGUUAGCCACCAGGGGCAAAGAAUGUUCUCUGUGUGGAGAGUGGCCCACCAUGCCUCACACCAUAGGAUGCGAUCACAUCUUCUGUUACUACUGUGCUAAGAGCAGCUUCUUAUUUGAUAUGUACUUUACUUGUCCUAAGUGUGGUACAGAAGUGCACAGUAUACAGCCUCUCAAAUCAGGAGUUGAGAUGUCCGAAGUGAAUGCUCUCUAGAAACUGAAAUUUUUUCUCUUAGGAAAAAUAUAUCACACCUAAGUCCUUAACAUUAGUCAUUCUAAGGUUUUAUAAGGCUUGUGGUUUUCAGCUGCUAUAUCUAUUCAUUUCCAGGCUUGAAGAAAUUCUAAUCACUAGAAGCCAUUUGGUUCUCAAUAUAUGUAUUGAUAUAUGUGUUGAUGUAUUAUGUGUAUUAAUGUAUUAUUUUAAAAUCAUUGCAAAUUUACAUGUCAAGAACAAUGGAGAAUUUGUGAGAUAAUGGCUAAAUAAAUUUCUUCAUUUUGUAGCUUCCUAGAAAGAUGUUGAGCUCUAAAAAAAAUUAAAAUAUUUUGGAGACUGA